GACAAGAUGGGGAAGCAGAACAGCAAACUGACCCCUGAAGUUAUGGAGGACCUGGUGAAGAACACGGAGUUCAAUGAGCACGAGCUGAAGCAGUGGUACAAGGGAUUCCUGAAGGACUGCCCCACCGGCCGGCUAAACCUGGAUGAGUUCCAGCAGCUCUACGUCAAGUUCUUUCCUUACGGCGACGCAUCCAAGUUUGCCCAGCAUGCCUUCAGGACCUUUGACAAGAACAGUGAUGGAACCAUUGACUUCAGAGAGUUCAUCUGUGCACUGUCCAUCACAUCACGAGGCAGCUUCGAGCAGAAGCUCAACUGGGCCUUCAACAUGUACGAUCUGGACGGAGACGGCAAGAUCACACGGGUGGAGAUGCUGGAGAUCAUUGAGGCAAUCUACAAGAUGGUCGGCACGGUGAUCAUGAUGAAAAUGAACGAGGACGGCCUGACGCCCGAGCAGAGGGUGGACAAGAUCUUCUCCAAGAUGGACAAGAACAACGACGACCAGAUCACGCUGGAGGAGUUCAAAGAGGCGGCCAAGAGCGACCCGUCCAUCGUACUACUGCUGCAGUGCGACCUCCAGAAAUAGGCGGGGCGCUGCGUUGGCGCUACGCCACAGACUGCACACGGAGAAUUUCAUGUUCCAUUCAGUUUGCAGCUACUUCCACAGAAACAUGCUUGGACUACGACAGAUCUGCUUCUUGUGUUUAAAACACUCGUGUGCAUGAGAAUGUUCUUUGCUAUAAAAACAUGUAGACACGACACACAGCAGUGUGCUGAUGCACACACACACACACACACACACACACACACACACACACAACUCUACAAAUGAACAACUUGCACAGGUCAUAAAUAAGUACAGAAAUAUAAAUAUAUAUUUAAAAUAUUUAAUAAUCAACUGCCAAAAUGUGAAGUGUGCAAAGUAUUUUCCAUCCAGUCUCAUUCUGCUGAAGCUCACACAUCAGUGAUUUUCUGCUCCUCUAUGGUUCCGAGUUUCCUGAUGCUAGCUGUACGUGUUCCAUUAAAGCGUGAACCCAACCGGACUCCUCGCACCGCCUCCAGUAAACACCCUGCGUCCGUCUUCUCUAUUAUUAGCUCUAGAAGAGAUGGAUCAGUGACGCCUCGUGCUUGCACUGCCCGUAAAUACUGUUGCUGUAGUUAACUUGCAUGCCUUUAGGUUCUGCCUUAACAAUCGAACUUUGACGAUCGAAGACAGGAAGCCUUAUCGACGCAGAGCGCUGACUCUUGGGGAGAGAGUUUUUAAAAAGCUCCUCUUACAUUUAUUGUCAAACGAGACGUAAUUCUGUGGUCCGCUGAGACUUUUCUUUUGAUUGUCUAAACUGUGGGAGCUUCCUUGUAGAUCAGCUGUGCUACAUGUUGCUAACCCCUACGAGGAGUUAGCCCAACGUGGAGGACUGCAUCAUUUUAAAAAUAAGAAUUUAAAAAAGAUAAUUUUGGGGGAUUUUUGAACCAAAUGUUAAGAUCAAUUAGGAAUUGUUGAAAGUUGAUGGGUAGAUCUGGCCCUUUUGCCGUGAGGUUUAACAGAAAAGCUAUGACGCAUGAAUAUCUUACCUGCUUUAGAUAGCUCUUUGAACAACAGGACUGACCAGCUAACGGUUCAAACACAGCCAAGACCAAAGAGAGCCGUCCUAAAACUCAAACAUGUCAGGGAUUUUUGUAAACACCCAUUUAUGAACAUCAUAUUUAUCUCUUUACAUGUAGGUUCAAAUCAAAUUCUUUGGAGUUUGUCCAAGAUAAAUAAUAGUAUAGCACCUUUGAAGAUGCCUAACAACAUCACAUCAAUACAACGUUGGCCCAGCUGUGAACUGAAACACAUCAGUCCCUAACGAAGCAACAAAAACAAUCAGAAUGAUCUUGUUAUCAUUGCACCGAAGUACAGUGAGGUUAUGUCGUACAGUCGUCCGAAAGAUGGGCGCAGUGCACGUUGCUGCUGCUCCUUGAGAGCGCAGCCCCUUUUCCUUUUAGAUAGAAAAGAGGAACAGGUCAUGAGGAGAGAAUAGUGGUAUUACAAAAAGCUCGCUUCACACCUUCUCCUUGUCAGGACACGAUUUAAGACGUCAGAAAACUGUACCAGCAGCACAUUUAUAAACACAUUACAUGUGCGUUUAACGACAAGACGGUGAGAUUUGUCCAGGAUGCACUUGCAGAUAGCACCAUGGUCCUGUCCUGGGUUGCGACAGAGCAGAGCCUUCUUAGUUUACACAUAUCCCAGGAGACAUUUGAUAAGUUGGCCUGCUUCAAGGCAGAACAGGGGAGUCAGAUAAUCAGCUGGUUUUGAGUGCUCGCAGCACAAACCAAACCUUCACACAGGGUCAGCAGCUUUGCCAAAACUGCUGCCGCUCUCUUCUUUAAUAGCCGAUAACACAGGUAUCUGCCAGACAGCCUGCCAUCAUGAUUCCAAUGAUAUAAACAUCUUCAGCGUCCUGACACAAUACGGAAAGGCACAUCAACUUCCAAACCCCGCGCGGAUCCAUGACGUACCCUGCCGCGUGCGUCUCGGCGGGGCAUGAGGGCUCUCCAGGACCCUGUCG